AUGUCGGUGUUGCGGCCGCAGGACCAGCUGCCUGGCCUGAACGCGGCCACCAUCCUGCUGGUGGGCAAGGAGGAUGCUCUUCUGCAGCGGCUGGCCGACUCGAUGCUCAGGGAGGACUGCGCCUCCUCGCUGAAGGUCCACUUGGCGCAUUCCCUCCCUUUGCCCUCCGAUGUGAAUCGCCCCCGGAUUGACCUGAUUGUGUUUGUGAUCAACCUUCACAGCAAAUACAGCCUGCAGAACGUGGAGGAGUCCCUGCGCCACGUGGACGCCACCUUCUUCCUGGGGAAGGUGGGCUUCCUGGUCACGGGCGCGGGGCGGGACAGCCACUGCAGCGUGCACCGGAGCACCGUGCUGAAGCUGGCCCGAGCCUACCGGAGCCCCCUGCUCUUCUGUGACCUGGAGGUGGAAGGCUUCCGGGUCUCCAUGGCACAGCGCCUGGUCCGCAUGCUGCAGGUCUGCGCGGGCCACGUGCCCGGCGUCUCGGCCCUGAGCCUGCUGUCCCUGCUGAGGAGCUCGGAGAACCCCUGCCUGGAGGACCUGUGA